UAUGAUGAAGACAUUCUUCACAAUCCGUUGCCACUGCUCCAGAUUGGCCUUGUACUGUAUUAGGACGAAACCUUAAUUGUCGUUAUUCAGAAGCUGGAUUUAAUCCCUUUUACCAAAUCCCAUCCCUUUUUCCUCUUACCUGGUUAUCAGAAUCCAGCUCGUAUAUCCUAAAUCGCCUACCAUGGCAGCUCUCCGCUCUACUUCGUCACGGCUCUUGGCCACCGCAUCGCGACACGCCUUCAAGUCGACAGCAGUCAUGAGCCGAUCCAUGGCCUCUGUUGCUGAUGCCACUGUCGAAAGCAGCCCGAACGCCAGCUCCGACUCGCGAAUGAAGUCGAUCCAGGUGUACCGAUGGAACCCCGACAGCCCAACUGAGAAGCCCCGGAUGCAGACGUACAAGCUCGAUCUUAACAAGACGGGACCCAUGGUGCUUGAUGCUCUAGUUCGAAUAAAGAACGAGAUCGAUCCCACUCUGACCUUCCGUCGGAGCUGCAGAGAGGGUAUCUGCGGCAGCUGUGCCAUGAACAUCAAUGGCACCAACACUUUGGCUUGUUUAUGCCGUAUUCCCACGGAUACCAGCGCGGAAAUGAAAAUUUACCCACUACCUCAUACCUAUGUCGUCAAAGACCUCGUCCCCGAUUUGACGCAUUUCUACAAACAAUAUAAGUCUAUUAAGCCAUACCUCCAGCGCGACACGCCAUCUCCGGACGGCAAGGAAUAUCGUCAGAGCAAGGCGGAUCGUCGCAAGCUCGACGGCCUUUACGAGUGCAUUCUCUGCGCCUGCUGUUCAACAUCGUGUCCCUCAUAUUGGUGGAAUUCUGAGGAAUAUCUCGGCCCCGCUAUCCUUCUGCAAUCCUACCGCUGGCUGGCCGAUUCGCGUGAUGAGAAGAAGGCGCAACGAAAGGCCGCACUCGACAACUCAAUGAGCCUGUACCGAUGUCACACGAUUCUCAACUGCUCAAGAACUUGCCCUAAGGGUCUGAACCCCGGUCUCGCCAUCGCCGAAAUCAAGAAGGAAAUGUCGUUUUAAUCGGUUGGCGGUACUAGGCGAGUUGGCCAAGGCAUCGAAGUAAAGAAGGGUAUAGAUGUAGAGUGGGACAAACGACUGUACAAAUUUUCUGUUAGUUAUGGUUUGCGCCUUUGGGAUUUU